ACACUUCUUAUCCACUCAUACUAACGAGUCCAUUUGCCCAUAAAGCCAUGUUCAAAAAUGUCAAGUGUUAUCUCUGAUUCAAGCACCUUCCGUCAGAGUGUUUAAAGCAAUCUACCAACGCCUUGAAUACCACUAUCCAUAAUUCGGCAAGAUGAGCGGUCAACAAGCAAGUCACUCUUUCAGCACAGACAAGACGGGCCAUGGCACUCUUAAGAACGUCCAUGCGUCUGAUUUUACAAUCAGCCCCGGACAGUGGAAGAAAAAUGUUAACUUUUCACCAUACCCAGUUCCUCCUCAACAUGGGGGCAUUACUGAAAUUAUCCACGGAAUUGAAAUCGAGGACCCAUGGCGAGCUCUUGAAGACCCCGAUUCCGAGGUGACAAAGAAGUUCGUCAAGGAACAAAAUGAUUUCUCUGUUCCCAGACUUACCAACCACCCCCUUCGAAAAGAGCUCGAAGCCGCCGUUGAGCAAUGUUACAAUCAUGAACGUAUGACCAGUCCCGAACUUCAGGGCGAUGGAUACUAUUAUUGGAAGUUUAACCCUGGUACCUCUCCUCGGGACGUCAUCGUUCGAUCGAAGGAUCUCAAACGCGACUUUGGGAAGGCUCCUGGCGGGAGUGGUCCCGAAAUUUUCUAUGACUUGAACAAGGAGGAGAAUAUCUCUCUUUAUGCCCAUAGCUUUAGUCCUAGCGGGAAACUCUGGUGUGCUGUUCUGCAGUAUGCAGGGAGUGACUGGCAAAGGAUUCGAGUCAUCGACACCGAGAGCAAAGCUGUCCUGGAAAAGGACUUGGGAGGAUCGAAGUUCACUUUCGGCGUUACUUGGGUAGGCGAGAAGGGUUUUAUUUACAAGCGGUCAAUCGACUACGAUGCCACUAGUGACGGUUACGACGGUAUCGACGGCUCCUUCGGCAUGUUCUACCACGCAGUCGGCCAACAUCAGUCCACCGAUGUUAUCGUUUGGAGUCCCCCGCCUGGAGAGUUUCAAUUCAUUGGUAAAGCCAAGGUCGUUGCCGUUGAUGAGAAGGAGGAGAACAACAAAAGGGCAUUCUUGGCUCUCGACAUCUACAAGAAUACCAGUCCUGAGACUGAGCUGCUGCUGGUCGAGUUGCCCGGCGGCACUGCAGGCCCUGCUGGCGUUCUUCUUCCAGAACUGGUUACCAAGGAGAUGAAGUGGGUAUCCAGAGGUUUUACUGGAGAAACUCAUUAUAUUGGUUCGUCCAGUGCCGAACGUCACUUCUUCACUUCUUUUACGGACGGCGUCUCUACCGGCCGUAUCAUUGCCUUCGACUCCGCCGACUGGGAUGCCACAGACAUCGACAGCCCCUUACCUAUGCAAGAGAUUGUACCCGCGGAUCCCGAAGGCCACCAACUUCAAAGCGCCUACUUCAUCGGCGACCGACUGCUCGCUCUCAUCUACCUCAAACACGCUUGCGCCUCUGUUGUCUUCAUUGACGCUCGGACGGGCAAGCCUCUGGGUUCUGCCGAUGCCCAAGGUACCCAUGGUAACGUUGCUGCCGACCCAGAGACUCAAGUGCCCGUUCCAGAGGAAGAGGUCCAGCACGCAAAGGAAGGGCAAGUCGUCAUUCCAGAGCACGGUGCUAUCACCAGCAUUUCUUGCCGACCUGACGCCAACGACUUUUACUUUACCGUUGACACCUGGGUUGCGCCUUCAUACGUACUCAAGGGUGAGCUCAUCAAGAACAAGGCUGGUCGGUACGAGGUAGACAUUAGUAGUGUCAACUCUUCUGAGACCGCUGCUCAAGAGACGUUGGUUUGUUCUCAAGUAUUCUAUACCUCACAUGACGGUACCAGGAUUCCCAUGUUCAUCUGUCACCCUCAUGACCUUGACCUCACACGCCCUCAUCCUCUGCUUCUCCAUGCUUAUGGGGGCUUCUGCUCGCCUCUUAUUCCCCACUUUGACCCAAUGUUUGCCGUUUUCAUGCGUAAUCUCCGAGGAGUGGUUGCCAUCGCUGGUAUUCGAGGAGGUGGUGAAUACGGCAAGGCGUGGCAUGAAGCUGCUAUCGGUAUCAAGCGCUCUGUCGGCUGGGAUGACUUUGCUGCCGCCGCUCGAUAUGUUCAGUCUCGAGGACUUACCACCCCUUCUCUCACCGCAAUCUACGGUAGCUCCAACGGUGGUCUCCUUGUUUCUGCUGCCACUGUUCGAAACCCAGAGCUUUACUCUGUCGUGUUUGCUGAUGUGGCUAUCACAGACUUGAUCAGAUACCACAAAUUUACACUCGGACGAAUGUGGAUGACUGAAUAUGGCUCCCCAGAAGAACCUGAAACCCUCGCGGUUCUUCGCGCUAAUUCCCCUCUUCACAAUAUCAGCCGCGAUCCUUCUGUCCAAUAUCCUGCUAUGCUCCUCACCACCGGUGACCAUGAUACACGAGUGGUACCCGGUCAUUCGCUCAAGCUACUUGCAGAGCUGCAGACUCUCAAGGCUAAGAACCACGGGGCAAUCCUUGGUCGAGUGUACAUAAACGCAGGGCACGAACAAUCAACAAAGUCAACCGAGAAGAAAGUUGAGGAGGCGGUUGACCGUUUGGUAUUUGCACUUGACAACAUCAAGAUUUGAUGUGAUAUCUUGAAGACAUUUCCGGGACUUUCGAUGGUUAUCUUGAAACAAAUCUAGUGUAUUUUUAUGUAAAAAUGUCGUCUCUCUUAAAUGAAUACAUAUCG